GGCACAGACGCGCAGAGCGGACAGUGAAGCGCUGCUGCUGCUCAUUCUGCUGCUGAUUCCACGGGGGGAGGGGGACUCGGCUCAUCACAGUCCCCAUACAGUCACGCUGAAACAGUGUGGGAUUCCUUCACUCCUCAAUCGGGGAUGCGCAUCUGGACCAGAGAGUGUCCAGGGGACAAUUACGCGUCGAGGCGCUCCGCUGUACCUCUUCUCGUUCUGCCCCCGCAGAGGAAAUAAACACGUCGGCUGAGGACAGUUUGGCUGUUUUGUUUUUUUUUUUAUACAAUGGCAGGCGCAAAGUGCCUUCUGAAGACGCCGAGUAACUUCCAGUCGUCUGCCAUGUUUGAAGGCUCAGAGUCUAUCGAGGUGGAGGGAGGCAGCACAGAGAGCGCAGUGCCAUCGUCCAUCAGCGCUUGUAAGAAGGUUCUGUGCAGUAACAGUGUGCUGGACUCAUCGGAGUACUGGCUGAGGAAUGAAAAGGCUCUGUGCAGACUGGGCCUGCUGGAUGAUGGCACGGAGGGCGGCUGCACCAUGGUCUGUUUUGUAAAUUUGGACCCACAGAACACUGACUGUCGUGAUGACAAAAGCGUCAAGAAAUUGGCAUCGUUGUCUCCGGACCUGCCAAAGCUUGUUGAGUUACUGACCGUCCACCAGCCGAAAGAAAAUGAGAUCCUGCUGCUCGGUGGAUUAGAAGCCACAGAAGCUUGCCAAGCACACCCACACCCCUCAGCUCAGGGCGGGCAGAGAUGCACAGGUGUGUGCCUGCUUCAGUGUUCGGGGAAGAGACGCUCCACACAGCCUGGUAGCAUCAUCUUUGAGAUCAACAAGUUCCUGAUCGGCCUGCAGUGGGGAAAAGAGCGACAGUGUCAGCAGGGCAAAGCGGCUGGACAGCGCCUCGAUGAUGACACCAAUCGCUCCAUCUCGUCCAUAGAGGAAGACUUCCUGACCGCCUCAGAACACUUGGGAGAUGACAGCGAGGACGACGGCUUCAGAAAUGAGCCAGAGAGCGGUGACCUGGGAGAGAGCGUGCCAGAAGCUGCACAGAAACACUGUGUCAGACUUGCAAGUCAUCGGGGACAGCUGGCACGUCAUCAGCACAGGGAGGAUGCCGAGGUGAAAAAGGAAGGGCAUCAGCGAGCCAGCAUCCAGACUAAAGAGUCAGCGGGGUACUACGCCACCAAUCUGGCUGAGUCGGUACUGCAGGAUGCCUUCAUACGGCUCUCUCAAGAUGAAACCUCCUUUGCCUCAGAGGCAGCCAUCAGUGUGUCCCUCUCUAGUUGCCCUCCCAACUUCAAGAGCCCUUCAAAGACUAAACAGCCUUCCCAACAGCGCACCUGCUCUUUUGAACUCCCUAAAAUUGUCAUUGUUCAGAGCCCAGACAGUUCUGAUGGGGCUGCAGAAUGGCCGGAGAACCAGGUCCCUGACCACGCUACCAAAACUGGAGAAAAGCAACAGAAUGAGACGCAGGCUCACAUUCCCCACGACAACGGCGGACACGCAUCCAAACAUGUAGAGGUGGCUUUGGCCUGUGCUGCCAAUGUUAUUGGCACUAUUACUACCCCGCAGCUAACAGAACAGCUCGCCAUGGAAUCCGCUUCGGAAGAGGACGUCGAUGAGGAGCUGCAGGAACCAGAAGAUAAGGGGGAGUACUCCUUCUCCUCAGCUAUGUGUGGCAUGGCUCAGGUAGCCGGCGCUGUCGCAGCUGUGGACUUAAUGGAGGAGCCCGGAGACGGCGGCGAUUCGGACACAGAUCCCGCUGAAAUUUACACGGCGUCCCGCGGUCUGCUGUCUGCUGCCGAGGCCUCCGCAGCCUUCACGCUGCACUGCAGCGUGGCAGAGGGAACCAGCGUCGAAGCAUUUCGUGCCAACAUUGCUGAAGUCCUGCAUCGGGAAGCAGCUGAGGUGCUGACUCAGCCACAAGGCUACAGGAGUGUGGCCCAUCUGCUGGAAACCACGCAUAACAAGAUAGUAGAUGGCAUUACGUUUUCGAAAAAAAGCUACACGGAUGAAAGGGAGGUGGAUGAAUUAAUAAAUGAAGUGGCAGACAGUCUGUUCAAACAUGCUUUAGAGAAGGCAAAAAAGAAAAAGGAACUGGAGGGUACCGGGAAGGAGGCACCAAGCUUUCAGGUAUUUCUGCAAGACAGUGUCAACAAUCUGCUGUUUGAUAUUCUCUGCCUGACACAGAAAAAGAUCAGCCACAUCUCCACGUGUGACCAAGGGUCACGCGACACACGAGAGGGUGAUGCUUGUGUUAAGGAACCUGCUAACAUCAAGGAGGAUGCCAAGGAUCCAUUAAGCCAAUUACAGUGCUUAUUUGGGCAUAAUGAGAAUCUAAGCGGCAUGCUGCACUGCACAGAUAAGUUAUCCACAGUUGCAGGGCUGAAGGAGAAAUAUGCGCUUGAGGAAGGUGAUGUCAUUGCAUCGUCCUCAGCAGCAAACAUCAAAGAACAACAGCAGCAGCCAUUGUGCAGACAAACUCAGUCUAAACCCACCUCCUUGCCAGCCAAAGACUUUUCUGACAGCCAGCAGGGCAGUGGUGCAAUCAGAGAGCCUUUAAGUGAAAUCCCAGUUCCGCUCACAGAGAGGAGAGGUCGACUGGGGACAGGCAGUGACAGCAGACAGGCCUCUCUGACACCUCAGUCCUCCCUCAACUCUUUCAGAAUAGACUCAGAGUCCAGGACACCGAUUACUUGCUAUGCUGAUGAUUUGGCUUCCACAGUGGUGUCUAUGGCCACAGAACUUGCAGCAAUCUGUCUAGAAAACUCCACUGGGAAACAGCCCUGGUUCUGUGCCCUUAAAGGGUCCUCUGCUGAAGUCCCUGAGGGCUAUUUGAUCCCUGCUUGCCGCACAGUGCUGAGGAGAAAAGAGGGUCAGAACAGCAAUUCAGCUUCCAGAAAACAUCGGGCGCCGCGCCUAAGUGAAAUUAAAAGGAAAACGGAGGAGCAGCCAGAGCUAAUGGAGCGGCUGGUCAACCGGGUGGUAGAUGAGUCGGUCAACCCUGACGAACCGCAGGACCCAUUUGCCCUCUUUGCCUCUGAGGUCACAGCUAGGAUCCUGAACUGCCCUGAACUCAAUGUGGUGGAUACCUCCAAAACAGGCCAGCAACGCAGCAGACUGCAGUGUGAGAGGUGGAGCCGUGGGAAGGCAUCCAGUUAUGAGAGCAUUCCAGAAGAAGACGCGGACCCAUCCGGCACACCCAACACCCUGGGCCCGGGCAGCCGGUUAGGUCAGAACUUGAGUCGCGGCAGCUCGAUUUCUAAGCAGUCCAGCUGCGAGAGCAUCACAGAUGAGUUCUCUCGGUUCAUGGUUAACCAGAUGGAGACCGAGGGCAGAGGCUUUGACCUUCUGUUGGACUACUAUGCAGGGAAGAAUGCCAGCAGCAUCCUGGCUGCUGCUGUACAGCAGGCCGCAUCGAAGAAAAACGGCCACCUUAAUGUCAGGGCGUCAUCGUGCCUGUCUAAACAGUCGAGCACCGAGAGCAUCACAGAGGAGUUCUACAGGUUUAUGCUUCGGGAUAUGGAUAAGGAAAACAAAGAAUGUGGCAUUGCAAAGACUAAAGAGUGGAGCAACAGCCUGUUCCCACCUCCUCUAAGAACACCCUUCUGUAUACGUCAGUCUUCGGUUCCAGACCGGCGCUCCUCAGACUCACGGCUGACUGUCAACUCGCCCAUAAAAGCGAACUCUUUUGAUGGAUUUGCACGGAAUGUGCACGGGGACACACUGAAUAUCUUCCCCACCAACUCUGUGUCAGCCACAGGACUGUGCAAGUCAGACUCAUGCCUCUAUCAGAGGGGUAAGACUGACCAGAUCACUGAUAUGCUCAUUCAUGAGACCUGGUCAAGCUCUAUCGAGUCUUUGAUGAGAAAGAACAAGAUCAUCGCUGAUCCUGAAGACAGUAUUGAUUUGGAAGCUGCAGGAGACUCCCAGCCCCAUGUGCAGCAGUUUGCCAAUCGCCUGGCAGCUGACAUAGUGGAUAUUGGCAAAUCUGCGCUUGGGGGACAGCAAGAUGUAGGUGGAGGCGCACCUGUGUCACAUCCACAGGCGCACAUGCCUGUUGGUGAAAGGAGGAGGGGGUUCAAGCAAUCCCAUCUACGCUGUAGCCGAAGUAGGUCGAGCCAGGAGCAAGCUGGCAGCAUCGGGUCCGGAGGAAGCGACAGCAGUUCAGCCUGCAUAAGGGGCCCCAGGAACGUGCCGCUGAUCCACAUCGAAGGAGAUCAGCGAGAUGAAGAGAUGCUCUCAAACCCUGAAAGAACAGGGGGACAUCAAGAAGCAUCCUCAGACACGUCGGCUACCAAGCAAGAGAGAGCUCCCACCAACAGCAGCAGGAAUGGGACCAGCAGCACGUCUAGCUUAGGCCUGGUAGACCUGGAUUCUUUUUCUGAUGUUCCCUCUCAAAGCACAGUAAUCCACGAGGAGACUGAGAGAUGCCACCUGGCAGGAGCCAAAGACACUGUAUUUGAGAGCAGUUCAGCAAAAACAGCAGGCGAUGGAAGCAUCAGGGAGCUGUUGGUGGUAAACUGUGACCUCGAGCCAGAGUGCAUAGACCUGGAGCUGAGAGUGGCUCUACAGUGGAUCGCUGCCUCGGAGCUGGGCCUUCCUGCUCUCUACUUCAGGAAGUCCAAAGAGAAGAGAGUUGCAAAGUUCCUGAGGGUGGUCCACCUGAUGUCUCAGAAGGCGUGGAGGAUUGCAGACUUGUUUGGCGCUGUGGUUCAGUUCUGUAAACUGCAUGAGAAAGCGGAAGAGGCAGGCAAGUCUCUCCAGUCAAGCCUGUUCGAUUGGCUUCUGGAGACACUUUAGGACACUUGUCGCCUCAAAUCGCAAACAGUAACAAUACAAGCUCACUCAUUCGCUCACAUUUGUAACAUGUUCCUGUUUGCGCGUGUAUUGUCUCAUCACACCAAGUGUCUCCUACUGAGAGCUGAAAGCACGACGCAAUCAGCAUACUUGAGAAAUUCAUACCUCUCACCCUUGUCCAGUUGGACCGAUCUCCCUUUAACGAGAGCAUGUUCUUGUUUCCAGAGUUACCUCUCUAGUGACAUGCACGCAAACACACGGCAAACUGUAGGUACACGGGUUGGACGUUCCUGUUAGGAAUGAAUGAGCCCUCCAGUGAUCAUAGUCAGCAGGUUCUAACUGCUCCAGAUUAUAUAGAAAAUAUAUAUUUCCAGAUUCACACAGUCGAAUCAUGAUUUUAUUUAUUUAUUCACUCAGAGAAAGGCACCUAUAGGACAUACUGUAGGAAAAUCAGGUUAUAGCCUUCCCGCAGCUCAACAUGCUCAAACCUUUUGUAUUAAAACUACUUUUAAAAGAGGCUCUUUAAAUCUAAGCCCAAAAAAGCCCUGACACUUUCUUCUGAUGGUCACAUUGAAGUGCACAUUUACUUAAUGUAAGCAAAACGUCCAGAUUUUUGUUGUGUCCAUUGGCUAACGUACCACCUCUGUUGUGACUUUGAAACUCAGUACGUAUGAUAUUUUAUUCAUGUUACUUAAGAAGGGAUUAUUUUGGAUAGCUGUACUGUAUAUACUGUAGAUUUUGAACUGCUGCACCUUGGAGUAGUGGACCGCUCUUUUAGCUUUUGCUAUGUCUAAAAAGACAGAGUAAGGUUUGUAAUGUUGAAUUUGUAUGUGGAUUUGGUCAGUAUAUUUCUCUACUUAGUGGUAAUCUUGUGUUACAACAGCAUUGCGGGGGGAAAAGCACAUGACACAGCUGUAAACUUGGUCACAGUAGAAAUGAAUGUAUUUAUCUUUUGACAUCAAUAAAUUUCUGUGAUGUGAAAUACGA